CCCAAAUUCCCGUCUCCUCUGUCUUCUUCAUCUUCAUCUUCAUCUGCCGGGAACAAUCUGAAUUCAUAGUCGGAAUCCUCAUCGCCGGCAACUCGCCGUUCGCCUGACUGCCUUUCUUCCUCUUCUUAUCCUUAUAUAUCCGGAAACCAUUUCUAUCUGAUUGGUGAUCGGUGUAUUGUCUCCUUUGCUUCUGCUCUUUUUUCUCCGGUCUCGUUCCGAUGAGGUUUCGAGAAGUAAGGAUUCGUCGAAUUCAGUUUUGGAGAAGUACAUCGAGUGGUGUUGUUGUGUUUUAGUGGCUCAAUUGAGUGAGCUUCUCUUUAUCAGAUAAUUGAGGCUAUUACUCAUGGCUCCGUCAAAAAAAUCCAAAAGUGUGAAUAAACGGUUUUCCUAUAUUCAGGAGGUUGGUUCCAAUAAAGAUGGAGACAAUACAAAGAAAAUGGGGCAGCGUGGGAAGAGGAAGCUGUCUGACAUGUUAGGGCCUCAAUGGACCAAGGAAGAACUUGGAUAUUUCUAUGAAGCAUACCGCAAGUAUGGGAAAGAUUGGAAGAAGGUAGCUGCUGUAGUCCAUAAUCGAUCUGUGGAAAUGGUAGAAGCACUUUACACUAUGAAUAGGGCUUACUUAUCUCUGCCUGAGGGCACUGCUUCUGUUGUUGGUCUUAUAGCUAUGAUGACUGAUCACUACUCUGUUCUGGAAGGAAGUGAUAGUGAACAAGAAAGCAAUGAAGGUGCAGAAGCAUCUCUAAGACCUCAAAAGCGUGGCAGGGGGAAAUUUCAAGAUCAUCCCUCCAAAGGUUCUGAUGGGUCAUAUCCAGAUCUUUUGCAAUUUCAUUCAGCUGCUUCAAGUUAUGGUUGCCUUCCAUUGUUGAAAAAGAAACGCUCUGGAAGUAGGCCUCGUGCUGUUGGAAAAAGGACUCCUCGUAUACCUGUAUCAUAUUCUUAUGAAAAAGAUAAAGGGGAAAGGUACAUUUCACCAAUUAGGCAAGGCUUUAGACUGAAGGUGGAUGCUGUUGAGGAUGAUUUUGCUCAUGAGAUAGCAUUGGCAUUGGCAAAAGCUUCACAAAGAGGUGGUUCUCCCCAAGUUUCUCGAACACCAAAUGGAAAGACAGAGACACCUUCACCUGUUGAGAAAGUUGAAAGGAUGCAUGCUGAAUCACAAUUGACUAGCGCCAAGCUUCAUGGUAGUGAAAUGGAUGAGGAUGGUUGUGAAUUAAGCUUAGGAAGCACAGAAGCUGAUAAUGGAGAUUACGCUGGGCUGAGAAACUAUGCAAUGGAUGUAGAAGCUGCCGGUACAGUUGAGGUUCAACAAAAAGGAAAGAGAUAUCUUGGAAGGAAGCAAGAAGUUGAGGAAAGUGUAAACAAGCAUGUUGAAGAAACAAAAGAAGCCUGCAGUGGGACAGAAGAAGGACAUAAAUUAGGAAAUCUCAAGGAAAAAUAUGAAGUGAAGGCUGCAGAUAUCAAAAUUUCUCGAGCUGCUUGUAGGGAUACUAGGAAGAGAAGCAAAAAAAUGCUGUUUGGACGAGAUGAAGAUACCUCCUUUGAUGCCCUGCAAACUCUUGCAGAUCUGUCCUUGAUGAUGCCUGAAACAACAGCUGACAAUGAGUCAUCUGUGCAUUUCAAAGAUGAAAAAGCUGUAGUUGAUAAGAUUAAUGUCAAAGGGAAGCAUUCUAUUGCUGGAGCUAAAGCCACUGCUGUGAAAACAUCUAAACAAGGAAUUCUAUUUGAUCAUGAUGUUAAAGCUGUUCCUGAAACUAAGGAAGAAACUCAUCGAAUCAAUGUUGGAAUGCGUAAAAGGAGACGAAAAGGUUCACUAUUUAAAAUUCCUGAAGACGAAACACAUUCUGGUUCUCAUUUGGCUGGAUCUCCAAAGGUUAAGGUUAUGGAUGAGGUGAAGAAGCUAGUUAGCAAAGGUAAACGAUCUCAUAGUGCUGCACACCCAAAACAGGGGAAAUUUGUUAGACCUCCAGAACGUGCUAACUUGAGUACUGAUCAAAGAAGGGAAAUGAAUGAGUCAGCUCCAUCAACCAUAGAGGUACCCAUAAAACAGGUCAACUUACCCACUAAAAUCAGGAGUAAGCGUAAGACGGAUGCACAGAAACUGGUGACAGAGAAGAAUAUAAAGUCUGAGGAUAUUUUGAAUGGAAAAUCUAAUGUUCCAAUUCCUUCACUCCGUGAAAAAUCAGUCAAUCUUAAGGAAAAGCUUUCCAACCUGUUAUCAUCAUAUCAAGCACGAAAAUGGUGUGGUUUUGAGUGGUUCUAUAGUGCAAUUGAUUUUCCAUGGUUUGCUAAAAGGGAGUUCGUGGAGUAUUUGGAUCAUGUUGGAUUGGCUCAUGUUCCAAGAUUAACUCGUGUGGAGUGGGGUGUCAUACGGAGUUCCCUAGGCAAACCAAGACGGUUUUCUAAGCAAUUUUUGAAGGAAGAAAGAGAGAAGCUUAAUCAAUACCGAGAAUCUGUUAGAAAUCACUAUGCAGAACUUCAUUCUGGUGUCAGGGAAGGACUUCCAACUGAUUUAGCCCAACCUUUAUCGGUUGGGCAACGUGUUUUUGCUGUUCACCCAGAAACCAGAGAGAUUCAUGAUGGUUGUGUGCUAACUGUUGAUCAUAGUAGUUACAGGAUUCAGUUUGACCGACCUGAAUUAAGGGUGGAAUUGGUCAUGGAUACUGAUUGCAUGCCAUUAAAUCCACUGGAAAAUAUGCCAGCAUCUCUUGCAAGGCAAAAUGUUGCUUUCAGUAAAUUUAUUGAAAACUUCAAUGAGCUCAAAGUGAAUGGGAUAGGAAAAGACAGGAAGGUAGAAGAGAAUAUCAAAUUUUCUCUCUAUCAGAACCUGGAAAGCACCAAUAGUCCCUCUCAUAUAUCCCCAUCAACUAAUCAUGUCAGCAAGCUAUCACAGCAAGCAAAGGUUGAUUCACUAAGUCCUAAUUUACAGCCUAAAGUUGGGUCUGGUGAAACUGCUUAUACUCAACAAGUGGCAAAUUUUCAGCCUUCUGUUCUGGUUCAGACGCAGGCAAGGGAAGCAGAUGUUCAAGCGCUUUCUGAAUUGACUCGCGCUCUUGAUAAAAAGGAGGCUGUGGUGUCUGAACUUCAGCGCAUGAAUGAUGAGGUAUUGGAAAACCAAAAGGGUGGAAACAACUGUCUCAAGGAUUCAGAUUCUUUUAAGAAGCAAUAUGCUGCUGUCCUCUUACAGUUAAAUGAAAUCAAUGAGCAGGUUUCUUCUGCCCUGUUAUGCUUGAGGCAGCGUAACACUUAUCACAGGAGCUCCUCACAUUUGUGGUUGAAGCAUUUGGCUAAUAUUGAUGAGCGUGGUGGUCACUUGGGCUCCUUCAAUCAUCCUGCAUAUCACACUCAAGAGCCUGUAUCCCAUGUAGCUGAAAUUGUUGAAAGUUCAAGAACAAAAGCCAAGUCAAUGGUUUAUGCAGCAAUUCAGGCAAUUUCAUCCUUACGAAAAGCGGGGAAAUGCAUUGAGAUGAUUGAGGAUGCUAUAGAUUUUGUAAAUAAUCAGAUUCCAGUGGAUUCAAGCAUAGCUGCAGUAGGAUCUUCAGUUAAUAGUACUCUGGCUUCUCAGGGUCAUCUUACUGUACGUGCAUCAAAUCCCUUGGAAACUAGCCAAGCACCUGAUAUUAAGUUGGAUGAAUUGUCUGACCAAGAUGAAGCACAAAUUCCUUCAGAUCUUAUUGCACGUUGCGUGGCUACCUUGCUCAUGAUUCAGAAAUGUACAGAAAGGCAGUUCCCGCCUGGUGACGUUGCCCAGGUACUCGAUUCUGCAGUUACCAGUUUGCAGCCAUGUUGUUCACAAAACCUUCCAAUUUAUGCAGAGAUACAAAAAUGUAUCGGAAUUAUAAGGAACCAGAUACUCGCUCUGGUACCUAUAUAAGCCUUCUUUUUUCAUUCCUCAAAUUUUUGUAAAAUCUGAAAAGCUUCCACGGCCCUGAGUCUUGGAAUUGUUUUCCCUCAAUUGUAAAAUAAUGAUACCAUUGUCAUUGUCAUUAUAUGCUCUUUUUCUUAGUUUAUAGUAAGCCAAUAUGUUCUGCUUUCGGUUAUGGUGCUAGUUAUGUGCUGAAAUAAUGCCUCAUCCUCCCU